AUGGAAGAUAAAGCUUCCUCCUCCACCCCACCACCAUCUUCCGAUCCUACUGACCCUCCUCUUGAUUCUCCUACUGUCUCUUCUCCUGACUCUUCUCUUGUCUCUCCCCCUGAAUCUCCUCUCGGCUCCCCUCCUAACUCUCCGCUUGGCUCAUCUCUUGGCUCUCCCAUUGGCUCCCCUACUACUGACUCUCCUCUCGACUACCUCGACACCGACGACUGGGAUAUCCCUGAGAGGUCGCCAACUCCUCCCGAUCUUUUCAUCAAGAAGAUGGACAAAGAUCAGCCCCUUAAGCAAGUCCACCAGCGCGUCAACAAUGACGUUGCUGAGCUUCUGAAACGCUAUGAGAACAUCAUGGCGUGCGCCAAUAUGGAACGGACCAGCCACGCGGCGAUCGCCGCCGAGUCGACUCAGAUCGACGUCGAAGUCAAUGCGAUUGUCCGCGCCGCUGAGGAUAUCCUUAGCCUCACUCGCUCAAUGAAAGAGGCUUGGCUCUUCGGCACCCUGGAUACGCUGGGUGAGAGCUCGCAGGAUGUCGAGCGUAAUGAGAAGCUCGAGGACGACGUCAAGGCGGUCGAGAAGGCCAUCGAGGCAGGUGCCUUCCAGAAGCUGUGCCCUGAGGACGACAAGACUGGAAAGGACAAGCAAAAGGAGAACUAAAUUGGCAUUGGGUGGUUUUUUUGCAUUGGGAAGGUUUUUUGGGUUGCAUAGGUUGAUUUUCUUUUUUUUCUUUUCUAUUAUUUUGCGUCCUCAUCAUGUCUACGGACCAUGAUGACUGGGACAGGGAUUGCGGUUUUUUACGGGACAUACUUAGUUUCCAGCAUAGCGUUUGGGGAUCCGGCGUUCGAUACCCCAUUAACAUUGCACAUUCGAUC